AUGAAUGGCGUGCAAUUAUUCCUGAACUCCCUUGGCCCAGAGGUUGAGGAUCCCGAAGAAGAGGCGUUUCUGUUAUUCUCUCAAACUAUACCGUCUCAAAAUCUCGGAUUUGUCGACUCGAAAGCCACAGAAAUAGAUUUGAUAAUUAAUGGUAGAGAUCUAACAAUUUACCAAUCCCCUACAAUUCUAUCAUCGAAUCGAGAUGGUGGAACUACGGGAGCAGGUAAAUUACCUUUUCCUGGUGUAUGA